AUGGCUGCGCCCGAGCCGUUCGUUCCCCGAGAUGUAACGCGAGUGACGGGAUGCGUGCAGUGUCUCACCGUCACCGAGUUUGUCAAACAUGACUUGGUGGAGGUGACGCGGUCGUGCGCUCGCAAGCAGGUCGGCAGCGACGGUGAGGAGCGGUUCGGAGAGACGGCGACGGGAACGAUGACGAUAGUGCGUUACUGUGACUGGCAGCUGUGCAAUGACAGCAGACGCGUCACGUGGUUUAGAAGUGGCGCCAUCGUGUGCAGCGUCGUGCUGGUGGCGUCGCAUUUGUACGUAACAGGCGCGUGAUGAUGGUCUCUGCUGCAGCACCGGCGACCGAUGGCACGAUGAUGAAAUGCUGUCAACAACAACAACAACAACAACAGCAACAAUAACAACUACUGCUACUACUACUACUACUACUAC